AUGUCGCAGGGGGAGCGAGGCGACGGUUGCCGGGAAGCGCGCGCCACCCCUCCCUGCCAUUCUUCGUCCUCCCCUCGCGCGCCACCCGUUUUUCCUCUUUGUCUGUUAAUAACAGCUGGGUGGCUGGGGGAGGAGGGAAGGUGGCCCCGGCAGAGUCUGGGCGAGCGCCUCCCGCUCAGCCGCCAGCCGCCUUGGGAGCCAGAGGACAGCGGCGGUAGCAGCGGCCGCCGGAGAGGAGGCUGUGCCGAGGCUCGGGGCGCUAAGCGCGGCAGCAGAGAACACCAGCCCAUCGUGGCGCACCAGAACCAAAACCAGCGGCAGCCGCACGGCCAACUGAGCCGCCCCUUCCUGCUGGAGCCACCAAGGGGUGCGCGCAGCCGGGACCCCUUCAUCUCCGCGUCUCCUCGUCUCCCCCGCCCGCGUCAAGCUGCCGGCCUCGCCCAUCGCCCCGAGAAGGGGGCGCCGGGGGCGGCCCUGUACGCGCGGGGACCUCUCUGGACCGGCCGGGGCGCCUGGGCCCUGCUCUCUAGCUCCCGCGCUCGCUCCUGCCCUCUCAGCUCUAAGGUAGCAGCGCGGGGGCCCGCCCGGGCCAGGGCAGACAGGAGCGCCAAACGAAGCGGCCCAGCAGCAGUUAACGGUCGCCCACGCGCGUACUUGGGCUCGGAUCUACCUUGCAGUAGCAACCGAGGGGCCAAUGGGGCGGCGGGGGCCCUCUCACCGCCCCCGCGCGGAGGUUACCAGAUCAGGUGCCCAAUGCGCACCAGCCCAGCGCUGCGGCCUGCGCCGCCGCGGCCCCGGGAGCCCCGCGCGGCCGCUGCCUCGGCGGGGCCAUGGGGAGCGUGGCGUGGGAGGCCAGUGCGGCGCAGUCCUCCUUCAGCAUCACGAACAGCAGCAGCGGCCUCUACGGCUGGCAGGACUCGGUGCACAGCAGCCCUGAAGACGGCGGCGGCGGCCGCCGCCGGGAGCGCCGGGGGGGCCGCGCCCAGUGAUUGGCUCCUCACCAGCUCACCUCUCGCCGCAUAUGUUUGGAGGACUCUGCAGGGCUCUUGGUUCUGGAAUACUUGCAACUUCAGGGAGAAGACACUCCCUUGGCCAGCUUCAUCCCAGCAUCUAACUGGGGAAAGAAGAUUGGACAUGCUACAUUUUUGGGCAAGUAGCCCUAAGAAACGAAUACACCCGAUCCAGACCUUCCCAGCUCUGAGGAUGUCUCUUCUGCUGCAUGCUGUGUAUUUGGUCCCCAGGGAUGCCAGCUCCAACUGUGGCCCCCAGGAGCCCAAGCAACACAUACUCCUGCAAUUGGGGUCCCUCACCUUUGCCGCUGGGUCUGCUUGGGCAGGACUUGCAUUCUUCUGCCCUAAGUGGUUCAAAGAGUUUGAGUGGGUACACUCUGGUACUAGAGAAAAUCUGAAGCGAUUUACCUAG